AGCUCCACGCUAUCUCCUCUCUCCACAAUUCCUCCUCCUGCCGCAAUCUCUGCAGCCGCCGCCUCCGCCUCCCCUCCCCCGCCGCAGUCUAUAGUACGGCACAAGAACAAGAUCGACCAUGGCGCUGAUCGGCAUCGACGACACGGCGGCGGUACUCGAGGAACUGCGCUGCAGGAAGGACAAGGACCCCGAUCAUUUCCACCAGUACGAGGUCGACGCCGCGGGCCAUCUAAAGAUGCUCUUCUGGACCGUCGCCGACCCUCGCUUCAACAGCCACGACCACACCGACGACGUGGUCGUCAUCGACACCGUGUUCCGGACGAACAGGUAUGGCGCGGCCUUCGUCCCCAUCAUCGGCAUGAACCACCACCGCCGCCCCGUGCUCCUCGGCAGCGGCGUCCUCACGGACCAGUCCCCUGACUCCUAUGUCUGGCUGCUGCGAGCCUUCAUGAGGUCUACAUACCAGGUGAGGCCCAAGUCUGUGAUCACCGACGGCGGCGACGCGGUUGUCCACGCCGUCGAGACCGUGCUCCCGCAGUCCAACCACCGGAUCUGCUCGUGCCACUUGGAGCGAGGCAUCCGGGAGCAUCUUGAUGGCUAUUCAGCCAAGGUCGGCUUCAGGUCGCUGAUGUUCGAGGACAAUUGCUCGCCUGUGGAGUUCGAGGAGCGAUGGCACAGUUUCGUGGCCAGACACAGGACGACGAGCAACCAGGAGUGGCUCUGCAAGAUGUACGUGAAGAGGGAGCUCUGGACUGCCGCCUUCGUCGGUGACAAGUUCUUCCUCGGCAUGGUGACAGACCAGAGCACGGAGUGCUUCUGCCUAUCUUCAGGCCUGCGCACGAGCUUCUCCGAGGACAUGACGCUGCUCGCCCUGCUCCGGCGCGCGGACUUCAGGUGCAAGUACAUGCGCACGCAGGAGGCCGAGCUCGACAACGAGGCUGACAAGUCCCGCGUUGCACUGACGACCGAGCACGAAUGCCUGGAGAAAGACUUUGCGCGGUCCUUCACGCCGGCCAACUUCGCCAUCGUGCUGGAGGAGAUCGAGGCGCUGGACGACUUUGAGAUCAUCGACACCCUGAGCAGCAGCUCCGACGGCUCGGGCGACAAGGUCUACACGCUGGAUCUCCACGGCGAGCUCUAUAACGUGUUGCAGUCCGACGGCGGUGACGACCAGGACGACGUCUUCAAGUGCAGCUGCCGGAAGAUGGAGCGCGACGGCUUGCCAUGCCGGCACAUCCUCCACGUGCUGCAGCACGAAAAGGCGUCCUCCAUACCGAAGUGCUGCAAGCUGGGAUGGCUGCUGCGGCGGGGUGACACAAGGCACGAGAGGCUCGGCGAGAUGGAGGCGCUGGGGCGGAAGGUGUUCGACCUGGCGUCGCAGGACGCCGAGGAGUUUGAGGAGAUCAAGGGGUUCUUGCAGGACUGGCUGCAGCAGCGAAACUACUCUGCACGCGACAUUGCAGACAUGAUUUUGAGCCAUACCGUCUUUGGAGGGUGCUGAUUUCUAGAAUAAUGCGAUCUAGUGGAUGCUUUUGUCGGUCGUGAAGAGAUCAUGCAGAAAUCUAUUGUCUUGUGACUUGCAGUAUCUACUUCGACUAGUAUCCAUCGGUAAGACACGUAUUUAGUUAGUGUUCUAUUUAGGUGUGUCAGACAUUACAUGUGACAUACAGAUGAAGUGUGUUAUUUAUGGAUGCGAAUUGCUGUCA